UCGAAGAAACCUCCAAUGCCAUAUGAAUUCUGGCAGGACAAGCUACGCAAGAACCUUGAUGUCUGGUAUGCCUUUCUAAGCGUUGAGACUGCUACACGACAAAGUGUUGCCCGUCAUCUGUACAUCUCUGAGCGUUUCUUUGAAGUGCUUGGGGAUGUGAACCCCCUGACUGGUCGUCAGUAUCAUGAUCUAUCCAUCUAUGAGAGAGUUUGGAUAUUGAAGGGCAUGUGUGAUCAUCUCUUUGAAACGGACUAUGAUGUAUGGUUUGGUGUGGAUACCAGCACAAUAGAGGAUCAGCGCGUUGUGAUGCUGGGGGAGGAUGACGACAAGGCCAGCUAUCUCUACUUCCCUCAUUUCUUGUCGACUGAUCUGAGAAUCUAUCGUCAGGCUCAAAUCAAAGAAGACAAACGAAAGAAAAAGAAAGCGGAAAAGGAAGCGAAGAGCCCUUCAAAGAAGGCAAAGAAAGAAGCUGAAAGCGCUUCUGAGGUCGAGGAGGGGCCCAAGAAGAGAGGCAGGCCCAGGAAGAAUGCAGAACCCGAUGAGAAUUCGCCCAAGAAGACUGCCAAGACACCCGCAACCCCUGCCAGUGUAGGACCAAAGAAGCGUGGCAGACCUAGGAAGGAUGCAGGAGAGACAAGUGAGUCAGAGACUACUACUAGUAAAGGGAAGGAGACUGGUGGUGAAGCCAAGACCCCAACUCCGGCUACUCCUGGUGUGAAGGCAGGUAGAGGGAGACCUAGGAAAGAUGGUUCCACUCCAGCUCAGGCUGCUAAGAAGACGCCCGCUAAGCCAAUGGCAAUCGUAACACCAACAAGGCGUUCAAGUCGGCGAUCGGCAAGAUUAGAAAAACCUGAGCUUGAGGAGCAGGAUGAAAAACUGGAAGAAAAGAGCCAAAGUGGCAGUGGUGACAACGAGGAUGUUACAGAUGCUGCCUGUGACUCACAAAACAAUGAAACAAACGUUGAAGAUAAGGACCUAAAAUCUGAUAGGACAGUGUGUACUGAUGGACCUCAGUCAUCAUCCGUGUGUGAUGACAGUCUGGAUAGGACAGAAAAUAAAGCAGGGACUCUAUCUCGGGAAACAGAAGAGGACGCAGAUAACUUGGACAAUAAACACCUUGAAACAAUAUCAACUAAGGACAUUGACAAUGUUGUUGAUGGUUUAUCUGGGAGUGAUGAGGGAAGGACUCGCGAAAGUGAUGUACAGGGAGGGGAAGCCUGUUGUACAGCAGAAGGGGAUUCCCCUCAUUCAGCGGGAGGGAAAUCCCCUUCCGAGAAUGUAUUAUGUAAUGGUGUAAUGGAGGUGGAUGAUAGCAGUCGUCAAACACAUUCCAAUGAUGCCCCAAGGGGCUCCAAAGAUGAUGGUGCAGGUCAUUCUGUUGAACUUACUAAACCAACGGAGGAGGUAACCAAUGGACCUGAUGCCCAAGUUUCACCAGAUACUGUCCAAACCAAGGGUGAGUCAGUGGAUGAGACUCACCAGUUGGAAAAUGGCAGUUCCGCCAAUGGAAUGAGUACGCUCAAUCAGAUCCAAUCUAAUAAUGUUAUGGACAUUGACCACAAGGUUGCCCAGCUUUCUGGAAAUGACAUCAGCAAGGACCCAUGCAGCAAUGGCAUGGACACUGGGGAUAAUGUCAGUAAUGACUGCGUAAACAAUUCUAAGUCUGUAGAUACUGAAGCAACAAGUGCUAAAAGCGAUGAUCUUUGUCAGGAGGAUUGUUCAGUGGACAAAGAUGUAGGUGCCCAGGAUGGACAAACACCACAAGAAUGCUCUGAGAAGGAUUCGGCGGAUGCAGAAAAUGGCCCAUCUGUAGCCAAAGCCGAAGCUCUGCCAGAGGUCAAGGCAGAGUUGGCCGUCAAGGACGAAGCAAUGGAGGUGGUGGAAGGUGACCUGAAGGGGAAUGACCUGAAGCAGGGUGACCUGAAGCAGGAUGACCUGAACCAAGAUGACCUGAAGCAGGACGGUGAGGUCAUGGAAAGAAUCCCAACCCCUCCUCCCCCACAGCCUUUACCGGGUAUCCUCCCGCCAGAGGGAGAAUUCGAGAUGGUGUGUGACAGUCUGGAAACCUUCAGGGUCCUGGUGGAGAAGUUUGCCCAGAAGGAUGAGACUAUCACCAAAGGACGAAAGACGAUUGUCCAACCUAUCAAGAGAUCCGGUCGAACCACUGACCUCCACAGGACACUCGCCAAGAUGCUUGAAGACUUGGAGCCAAUCGAAGCCAAGCUGCAGAAGGUUGUCCACAAGGCCAGAGAGGUGGUGUACAAUGAGCAGGAGGCCUACAAGAAGGAUCCUAGUCCUGACCAGGAGGCAGCAGCUUACUGGUACCAGCUUCACGUCAAGAAGCCAUUAGAAGCAGUUGAGACAUCCUCAAUAGCGGCAAGCAGCAUUGAUGAUGACUUCUCCAGUUCGGAAAGCAGCUCUGAACUUGACAGUGAUGAGCUUAGCGAUCAGGAGAGUGAUGAUGACACAGCAGAGUAUGAUAACAGUGAUGGCGAUUAUGAAGUGUCUGUGUCGAGAGGUCCAACCCCUAGUGUUGAGGUCAAUGGGUCGGAAGGAUCUGAAAGUCUUGGAGGGAAGGUUGAUCUGUACUCUGGUGUUGAGAUUGCGGGAAGGACCAUGAGGUCUUCAAAGCGUAGAAGAGCUCAGAAGAGGGAGGUUAUAAGGGACCGGAAGAAAGCCAAGCGAUCUAAAAUCCAGAUCGUCAAAGGCGUUCCUCUUCAAGGUAGAUAUGCGCAACGUGGUGAAGGUGAGGAGACGGACGAGACCAAGCUCAAGAAGGUUCAUGAGGAACUCAAGGAGAAAUUGAAGGCAGGUUCUACGUUUCAAAUGACAAAGAACAUGGUCCCAGGAGCAGCGCAGAGGAAUUUUCCGCCCUAUAAAAAGAAUGAGAGUUACAGCCGUCCAUCUGCUCCUAAGAAGAAGGCAACUCCAGUAUUCCAACGGGAUACAAGUGACAAGUUCAUCAGAAUCCUGAAGCGUACUGCAGGAGCUAGCGAAGCUGCUGCAGUAUCUCCAAUCCCUAAACUGACCAAGCAGUCACCAAAAGAACCAACAUUGAAAGUUCCAUUUCUACAGAAAACCAAUGCUACCGUUCAGCCUACUACUGAUGCACCAAUUGCAGAUAAGAAAACAAAGACAGAGACAUUUUCGUUCACCAUUGACGCUAAAGUUUGGGAGUCUCUGAAGGACAAGCCAGAAGAGCGUCAAAGACUAAUUGUAGAGCAUGUUGAAAAGAUGAGGGGUGCCAGUGGACAAAAGAAGGAAAUGUCUCAGAAAGUUCAGAACUAUAGGAAUACACCAUGGUUCUCAAACAAGAGCAGUGGUUCAAGCAAGUCUACUAGCUCAGCAGGUGGGUCAGCUGAGGAAUUCAGCCUAUCUCUGCCUGAGGCACCGGAAAAGAGAUUGCAUGUGGCCAUUGGGAAUGCCAGCCAGGGGCAGACGGGAAGUCCUGUCGUCAAGCAGAAGCACACUCCAGGCAUUCCGGACAGCAUGCCCAUCCUAGAUCCAAUUGGUAGUCACAAGGGAUCAGUGCUUCAAAACACCAACAUGCCUACCCUAGCACCGGCGGUUUCACAGAAGAUUGUUCAGUCUAACAUCUUAGUUAGUCCAGGAAGUGUCUCUGUGCCACAACAGGCAUUGGCUCAAACCCAAGGACUUCUGCAGCCAAGAUCGGGGAAUCAACCUACUGCAAUAGUAUCCUCAGGAAAUAAUGCACAGAGCAUCAUCCAAUCUAACGCUGUUGGAACCAAUUUCCCAGGAGUAACAGGAGCCAAAGGUAUGAAACCUCAGGCGACUGUCAUUUCCCUCUCACCUAAGCAACAAGGGGUUCAACAGCUUGCCUCACCGACGGCGCAAGAUAUCAAGGGAGUGCCAAAUAUCGUGGCGCAACUGACUGCAGGUGCUUCAAGUACCGGCGCCCAGAAAACCGUAGUUCUGCCGACCAACUUGAAAGUCAAUAUGCAAAACAAGCAAUAUAAGAUUUUGUACGUGCAGAAGCCUGGUGCGUCUAAACCUGAAUUGUGUCUUCAACCAUGCAACACAGAUGGUUCAACUGCACCUGGUGGUACUCUUCAAGGUUCGGUGCCUCUGGUAUCUUUGCAGCAGCCUAUCCAACCGAUCCCUGCCGCUACCUCUGGCAGAAAUGUGCAGAUUCAAAUGUUACCACAGGGUGGGAAUAAAAUUGUAAUGCAGGCUGUAGGGGGAACCCCACAAGGACUUAUGGUGCAAAACACUCAACAGCCGCAAGUGGUACAGAAUUUGGUAUCACAGAAUGUUCUACAGGCGCAAGCGUUGCAGAAUGUGGUGCUUCAGAGUCCUGUAGCGGCACCGCAGGUUGUGAAUCCAGCUGCAGGUAGCAAUACCAGUGUAGUUACUAUGAUAUCUACUCCGAUACCACCAGUUCCACCAGUAUCAGUCAUAUCAGCACAUUCAGUCCAAAUGGCACCUUCCAUCCAGGUUCCUUCAGCAGUUAGUCCACUAUUGGUAGCACCGCCAGUGAAUCAAACUACCAUGCUAGCAGGGAGCCCUUCCAAAGCUGCGCCAAGCCAGAUGGUGCACCUCCUUGAUUCUGGCAUUGUUGGAGCGUCAGGAGCACCGACCAUGGCGCCAGCUGGCGCACCAUCAUUAAUACCAUCAUUGGCACCGCCCAUGCUUUCCCCUGUCACUCAGCAAGUGACACAUUUGGGGCCAUCAGAUAAUGUUAUCUUACAGGCGGCGUCGGCUUCUGGGUUACUUUUACAGGCACCGGAACCGUCAAUGCAGCAAAUUGCAGUGAAGGGAUUGUUUGAACCAAGUGGACAGUGUUGAAAGAAUGUGCAUUGCUUCUAAGCGGAGCCCACUUCAAUGUAAUUACCACACACUAAAUUGUCAUAAUGAAUAUUGCAAUUUUUGUAGAAUAUUUUCAUUCUUGGCCACCAUUUCCACUGUUGUGUUGUAGUAAUUUCUCUAAGUGUCCCAAAAUUGGAUACUAUAGGAGCAUUUCAUGAACCAACUCGUCAUUGAUUCUACUGGAAGCAGUUGUUACAAGCUUCUGAAAUCCCUGCAUCAGAUUGGCUAAGAGCAAAUUUGUCAGUUAAUAUUAAUGACGAGGUGCUUCAUGAAAACACUCCUUUAGUUGUAAUGGAAAGUCACCAUAAUAGCAUGACAAACUGACCAGGGUCCUUUACACAAAAUGUUAUUAGCGAUUGAUCGUACAAUUCAGUUUUAUGUACAUUGUGGUCAUUUCAAUCAACCAUAAAAGUUUAUUCUCCAAUCAGUUGCUAUUAGCCGAGUGUAACAGGACCCAGGGGACAGUUUCACAAACGGUAAGUUGGAUAAUAAUAAAGUCAGGCGUCGACGCCGAAACGCAUAGUAUCUAACUUCCAUAUUUCAUUGGUAGACUUUGCCACAGAGUCUGGACUCCUUGUAGAAGUUGACCAUUACGGUGAGGAUUUGUAUUUUUCUACACAAGUUUGAUAAGCCCAAUAAGAUGUUGUGUAAAAUUUUGGUGCAACUCGUGGAGCAUUGGAAGGAACUUGCCAUCCACUGCACUAGUCAAAUUUGGGUCAAAAAAUCAAUCAUCAGUCAGGCAAUAAAUUGCAAAUUUGAAUCUGUACUUGAUGGGGGGGGGGGGGGGUGAUUCACAAAGAUUUAAGUAUGAGUUAGAGUCGCACUGAAGUGCCCACACGUACAUGAUAUGCAAUGCACAAUCUUAUUGAUUAUAAAUAUGCAGUAGUGCGCGUUCUCUAGCAUAUGACCAAUGCAGUCAUGCCUUUUAUACCGCACGAAAAUAGGCAUUUAAGUGUGAAUCUAAGUCAUACUUAAAUCUAUGUGAAACACCCCCCCCCCCCUGGUCUGCUUUUUGCAACAAGCAGUAAAAAUCAAUUUGCAUUAGUUACAAUUGGUAUAUAUCACUUGCUAAUUUUUGGAUUGGAAAUUUGCAAUCAAUUUCAAUUUUUUCUUUGCAACACCCCCCUAAGACUUAACUUGCUACUCAAGUCUAAAGUUACUCCCUGUGAAACAGGGCCCUGGGGAGUGUUUCAUGAAAGGACUUGUCAGACGUUUUAUCCGACAAGUCCCAUUUUGUCUGACAAUUACCAUAGUAACAAUGCUUCUCUGCCAAUCAACAUCAGGGAAAGUUGUCAGAUCUGACAACUUGUCGGACAAACAUGUUGAUGAAAUUCUCCCCUGGUUUGCCUCUUUUUCAAUUUAACUGCAAUUCCAUUCUAUAUACAUUAUGUGCUACCAAAGUGGUGAAAGUCAAGGUUCCCAGUUCCAAAAGACUUGUCAUAGUAACAAAUGCACAAUUUCUAUUACAAGUUUACUAUCAGCCAAUCAAAUUGAAGGAUUUCAGUAGCUUGUAACUGUUGUUGCAAAUUUGUUAUUAUAACAGGUUUUAUGAAACGGGGACCUGGAAUAAUAUUUUUUGUAUGAAACCGUCUUACAUCGAUAAUCAUGUACCUGGGUACCUAUUUCCUUGAUGUAGUAGUAUGUAGUAGUAGAAGUAUACUAAUUUAUUGUAGAUGAUAUAAUGCUUGGAGCAGUUCGUGACAAAACAUAGGCCCGUAUUCUGAAGUCGGGUUUAACUUAAACUCAGGUUGAAAGUUGUGGUUUAACUAGAUGUAUGGAGAGCCAAUUGGAGCACAAAUGAAAUCCCUUACAGUAUACAUUCAAUUUAUUAACUCAUUUGACACCAAAAUUGUUCAUAAUUGCCUGAGAAUGGUAGCUGAAGUAUUUUUCUUUGUUAUGAAAGCAAAAUAAAACAACAUAGUAAACAUAAAGAAAUAUACAAUAUGAACAGAAUUUUUGAAUUUUUGCCUCCCCAUAAUUUUAGCACAGAGUUAGACCAUGGUCAAAGUUAAACCUGACUUCAGAAUACGGGCCAUAAUAGAGUUUUGGAAGAAAAUUGAAUAUUGAGAAGAUAUGUUGUCAAGGGAUCGUCUUUCUUUGGGAAAGAUCUGGGUCCCGUCACAUGAAGCAUUGCGAUUGAUUGUUUGGCUGACUUUUAUGAUUGAUUAUGAAUGCAAUCAAUCAUAAAUAUUAGCUUUGCGAUUAAUUGUUAAAGGAGAAUGAAACCUUUGGAACAAGAAACCUUGUGUGAAAACAGAAAAUCAAAGAAACAGAUCAACGAAAGUUUGAGAAAACUCGGACAAAUAAUUAGAAAGUUAUGAGCAUUUCAAUAUUGCGAUCACUAAUGCUUUGGAGAUCCUCCCAUAGGCAAUGCAACAGAUGUUUGAUGUCACUUGUGAACAACUAUCCUAUUACUUAAGUAUAUAUUUCACUCAAACUGCCUCUCUUAUCACAUCUAUCAGUAGAUCAUGUGUUCUUUCUUUAGGAGGGCAUGUAAUACAGAUUUUUAAAGAAUACAUCAUGGAUAAAGAGUUUGUAUCACCAUAAGAAAGAGCAAAAAGAGACACUUUGGGGGUAUUUUAUAGUCCAUCAAAGUAAAAGUUGUUCACAUGUGACAUCACACAUCUUUGUGGCAUUGCCAAGUGGAGGAUCUCCAUAGCAUUAGUGAUCGCAAUAUUCAAAUGCUCAUAACUUUCUCAUUAUUUGUCAGAGUUUUCUCAAACUUUCUUUGUUCUUAUUUGGUUUUUCUGUUUUGACACAAGCCUACUUGUUCCAAAAGUUUCAUUCCCCUUUAAGCUAUAUGUUACAGGGCCUAGUGUUUUGGAUACUUUUAUGAGCAGGUAUGAAUGAUACAUGUAGAUUUGAACUUAAGUUGUUCCAUUUGAAUGUUUUCCAGAGAAUGCGAGAAGCUCUAGAAAUGACUUGUUCCCCAGUUUGCAUUACAUGUUGCUAUGUCAGCAAGCCUAUGCCAAGCUUCAGUUUUCUAAAAAAAUUAUCAUUAUUUAUAAGGACAUGUAUGCAUAAAGUUUGAUGAUGAUUUUGUUUUUAUAUUUAGCUGGCUUUGUUCUUGCAUUGAUGAUUAUGUUGAGGAAUGGCAGUACAAUUUUAAGCAUUCCAAUCUGAAGUAAAUAAUGGAUAAUUUAGGCUGAAAAUUGUAUGAUAUAAACAGAGUAAAAUCAGUAAAACAAAAUCGAAAAUCUUAACAAAAUGGCCAAGGAUUAACAAAGUUAUGACAAUUCAAAGUUUUGCAUUAUUUCUGUGAAACAGUUCUAUGCAUGUCCUCAUGAAUAUGUAAUUAGCCAGCUGAUGAUGUCAUAUCCUUAUUUAUUGUUGUAUGAAUAUUGUGUCCUCCAAAAAUGAAAAAAAUAUGUGAUUGACUACUGAUUUACUGUCUACGGUAAUCAUUGCUGAACCUAUUUCUGUUACAUGUACACACACGUGUAUAAAAUACGAAAAAAAUAUUUCUAGAAAUAAAAUAAGAAAGCGGGGACAUGACAUCAUCAGCCCAUCUAUUGCAUAUUCAUGACGACAUUCAUUUUAAAGAAUAUUGCUUAACUUAGGAAUUCAACAACUUCAUUAUUAUGUCAGACGUUGGUACAAUAUAUUCAGAGCAAAUUGCUCUUUGAAUGUUACUCUGUUUAUUUAGAUAUUUCAUUUUCAGCUUGGAGUACCCCUUUCAAAACAUUUUUCCCAAAUAAUGUUUUUUAGCCUUGAAAGUGGACAGGCAGUGGAUUCAAUCGGUGCUUGUGCGUGCCGUGCAUUGCUUCACUCCACCUAAUUUGCAUGCCAAGAGCACAAUGGCCCGUAUUCUUAAUUCUGGUUUAAUUUAAAUUCCAGUAUAAAUUUGUGGCUGACUAUGGAUAGCCAAUUGUGACACAAAUCAGUUCAGUUUGUCAGCUCAUCUGUUACUGAGAUUAUUCUUUCAUAUUCUUUCAGAGAAUAGUAAUUAAGUUUGUUUUCUUCACCAUUAUAACAUGAUGAAAGAGCACACAGAACAUAAAUAUGUUACAGGAUUUUAAAAUUUUUGGCAUCCCAUAAUUUUAGCACGUAGUUUGACCAUUGGCCUAAGUUAAACCAGACUAAAGAUUAUCGGCCAAUGCAUAAAUAUUAAUUAUUAAGCCAUACUUUACUAGCAGUCUACUUGUGAACAAGCAAAUUAAAAUGCCCUCAUGAUGGCGCCCCAUCACCUUUGCCAAUGGUAAUUAUUUACUUACCAUGUCGUUGUUUUAUUUGACAGUAAUGAUUCAAUCUUGAUUACAUGUACAUAUAUGUAAAUGUACAAAAUACAAAUGCAGCCAAAUUUGUUUGUCCAGCUCCUGUUUUUGUUUAAUAGUGUGUAAUGAAUGUAAAGAAUGAAUGAUCUGAACUCGAUUGAUUUGAUUGUACAAUAAUUUCAAUGUUAGAAUAUGUAUGUUCUAAUACUCUCUGCUAUUUCACAGAAAGAAUUGUAUUUUGGACUGUACAUGUACAUGUAAAGGAAAAAUUAAACAGGUAUUCAGGUAUGAAAAAAAA